CCUCCUCAAAUUUCACACAUUAUAAAAGGCCAAACUGGUCCUCGAAAGUUCAUCUACUUUCCUAACCAACUCAAUUUCACAGCAAAAUGGCUCAGAAGGCGGUGUUGAAAGUUCUAACCAUGACCGACGACAAAACCAAGCAAAAAUCCAUAGAAGCUGCUGCAGAUAUCUUUGGGGUUGAUUCGAUAGCGGCGGAUCUAAAGGAUCAGAAACUGACAGUGAUAGGGGCGAUGGACGCAGUGGCGUUGGUGAAGAAACUGAAGAAAGUAGGCAAAGUGGAUAUAAUAUCGAUCGGACCUGCUAAAGAAGAGAAGAAGGAAGAGAAGAAGGAAGAAAAGAAAGAGGAGAAGAAGGAGGAGAAGAGGAAAGAGGAGAAGAAGGAAGAGAAGAAAGAGGAAAAGAAAGAAGAGAAGAAGGAAGAAAAGAAAUGAUUUCUGUGUUGAUCUGAAUGUAUUACUUUGCCUUGUGCUUUUAAGCUUCUCCGACUACCUGAACGAGCCAAUGCUCACUUGCUCAACCAGCAAUGUGAAAAGGGUUUUGGUUUCUUGUUUAAUUAGUAGUGUCUUAGCAGACUAUAAUUAGAUGGUUGAUUGUUACCUCGACC